UAUUUGACACGGAGAUGAACGAUUGGCCAAAAGCGAGGUUAGGUUUAGUUUAGAUGUGUUUUGUUUAUUUCUUGCAAGGAAAACUAAAGCAAAAGGACGACGUAACUGUCAAGUCAUGAGUCGGAGUCGAAAGAGUCGAAAUCGUCGCCAUAUUCGCUAUUGUUUAGUGUUUACCACUAUUCCUAGUUGAAAAACCAAAAUCCCAACUGAAGUAGUUCCCCUAUUUAGUAAUUUUUAAUUUUUUUAUAAUUUUGUUGGCUAUAAACAAAUGGAAACAGAAGAAGUUGAAGUUGUGGAAGUUAAUAAAGUUAACCAGGAAGACACUGAAUAUUUUAUUCCUGUUUUAUUACCAACAUCUUCCACAAAACCUACACUUUCAAUACAUUCUAGGGGAAAAUAUUAUAAACAAACAUAUCGGGCGGCUUGGGAGCACAUGCCCGAUUUUAAAGGGUGGCUGAAGGGGGUAGAAGGUGAGCCUACAAGAGCUUACUGUACAUAUUGCCACAAGAACUUACAUGCACACAUGAAUAGUCUUUUAAAGCAUACUUGCACUAUAAGACAUCAAAAAGCUGCUCAAUUAAAUAGUGCUAGAAAGAGUAAAAUAGCAAUAAACAUGAAGGAGUCCAUAUCAGGCAAUGAAGAUGAUAAAGAUGUCUCAAAUGAAGAGUCUGAGUUGGAAGAGGAAGAUGAUGAGAGAUCUAGAGAACUAAAACCAAUUAGUGAAUCUACUGCAGAUCAAAACGUCGAAAUAAAAUUAUUUCCUGAAAAACCUCCUAUAUCCACUCAAGUGAUGGACAUGACGAAAGGAAAACCAAUUUCAGGACUUCAAGUUAGCCUCUAUAAACUUAUUGAUGGAAGAUGGACUUUUGUUAAUGAGGGAAUGACCAAUAGUACCGGAAAAUUUUCAGAGUUUAUGGAUAGACCUGAUUUUACCAAUGGAAGAUACAAACUACACUAUGAUGUUGAUCGAUAUUUUGAAGCCAAAAAACAAGAAACAAUUUAUCCAUUUAUUGAAAUUAUCUUUAACGCUGGUUGUACUGAAUCUCACCAUAUUCCUCUAUUGCUGAGUCCAUUUGGAUAUACAACAUACAAAGGAACUUAAUUUAUUGCUUAUCUUGUAGAUUUAAAUAUGUCUUGGAUACAGUUGGUACUGAAUAGAAAGAUUUUAAUACCAUCACAUACAUAUAUCGUAGACAUAGAUUGUAACUCAUAUCUAUACAGAAUUGUUGAAUUUCUUCAUUUUAGUGAAUUUUACGUUUCCGAUAUGGUGAAAUUUAGCGGAUUUUUUAUACGUGCAUAUCGAGAAGAUUGCAUGCUGCUAUAACCAAUAAUGUCCGAUAAGAAUUUUUAAUAAAUCUCUUUCAUUAAUUUGACUUUACUGCUUUUUAAAAUUCAAUAGUUGAUAUUAGCUACCUUUAAUAUCUUGUUUAUGUAUUUUAUUACAUAUUUCUUUGUAUUAUUUUUUUACUAAGUUCAUACAGUGAACUUAUUUUUAAUGUAUCAAAUCAGAGACAGGACAGAGAAGAAUUAAUGAAAAAGUAUGAACGGUAACUUCUACAUUAGUCUAAUAAAAGGUAUCAGAUUUGGAACUUCUUGAGCUAUACGGGCCAAGUCUUUAGUAGAUUAUCUUUUUCGAAAUUUUGUGUCAAAACAUUAGCUGUCACAUAUCAAGUAAAGAUCUACUAGUGUGGUGUAUGCAAAUUCAAAUUUUUUAGUUUAUUUUUGGAAUAGAAAUAAUGAGUGUAUCCUUCCCAGUUGGGGUGAUAUUUUGCUAAAUAAUUAGACUGUACCAGACAGGAAAGUUGCUCUAGUUUUAAAAAUACUAAUUUUAAAAGUAUUCGAUAAUUUUAAUCAUGUAAAUAUUGUUGAAUAAUAAACAUUUUUAAAAACA